AAGAACAAGAUAAUUAGAUAAACAUUUGUCUCUGUGGCCUUACCAAAUCCCUAACUCUCCCCCUCUCUACUUCGGAGAUGGCGAUGGCGUCGUUAGCAGCGACAGUGGGUGUUGCUUCACAGACUUCCAUUCCCACGCGUCAUCUUGUUUUUCACCCAUUCCAACACAGGCGAACUAGGUCUUCUUCCUGUUCUGUGUUGAGCCACAGAUACAAAUCUGAAUCCCUUUGUGUGAGGGCGCACCAGUCGCACUGCAAUGUUACCACCGUCAUUAGGUCCAGACAAAGCGAUAGCGAUAUUCUACGGGGGUGCACUCGUACAGUGACGACGUUGCUGGGAAUGGCCGUGUUGUUGGUGAAAGCGAUUCCAGUUGGAAGCUGGUUGAGCAAGAUGAACAGCGUUAGCGUAUCGACUGGCGCGUUGUUCUUCGCUUCUUUGCGGGACCAGCCGAGUGGAGGUCUGAACACGCCACUGACGGUGGUGGCGGCGGGACUGGGGAAGUGGCUGGACAUAUACAGUGGUGUUUUGAUGGUUAGGGUUUUGCUGAGUUGGUUCCCAAACAUCCCGUGGGAACGCCAACCUCUCUCUGCAAUUCGAGACCUCUGUGAUCCUUAUCUCAACCUGUUCCGUAAUAUCAUUCCCCCCGUUUUUGAUACCCUUGACGUUAGUCCUCUCCUCGCUUUUGCUGUUUUGGGCACUCUCGGGGCUAUUCUCAAUUCUGCUGUGUGAUAUUUUCUACAGGAUGAAUUGAUAGCUUUUGAGGCUUCUGAUAAACGACUCUUUUGAAGCUUAGGUUAUAUACAAUGUUUUUCUUUUGUUUCAGAUUGGUACUUGUGUAUGUGCUUAUGGUCAUGGCGUUUCAUUUUCAAAUGCAGUAUUUUGGGUUAGCAAGUUAGUUGUAUUUUCUUGAUUGAAAUGACUUCUUCAAUACCAGCUCUGCAUAAAUUCCACUUCGAUAUUGUCUUGGUUAUGUGGUGGGUGAAGCAGGACGGGUAUGCUUUACCGUCUGCACCAAUACCAAUAGCGAUCUUAGAUAGUCUCAUUCAUUUUAUACGUUCUGUUCAGAACAAGACUCCUGAUACAAUUCUCCUACUAGUUUACGUUCAACUAAUCUGAUAACACUUUCUAACUAACUAGAUAACACCCUUCUCAUAUGCACCGACUAACCAGUUCAUGAAUCAAGGUUGUUUUUUUCUAAGUUGUGAUUUAAUCAAUAACUUCAUUUUUCAAGCUGUCAAAAACCAAUUCUUUUUAGGGGCCAUUUAUACAAACUUCCAUGACUUCGAAAUUA